UAGAAACUUUCAACAACAACAACAUUCAAAUUUAAAAGGAAAAACAAAAUAAAAUUUUUAGUUUGUGUUGUGUUUUUAAAGAAUUUGUGAAUUAAAAUGUUGGGUUUACGUGUUACUAGCUUUACAGAAACUUUAGGGGAACCAGAACAGGAUGCUAAUUCGGCUUUAACAGAGCUAGAUAAAGGUCUAAGAUCAGGUAAAGUGGGUGAACAGUGCGACUCCAUAGUCAGAUUCCCGAAAUUAUUUGAAAAAUAUCCAUUUCCCAUACUGAUAAACGCCUCAUUUCUCAAACUAGCCGAUGUAUUUCGCAUGGGCAACAAUUUCUUGAGAUUAUGUGUACUGCGAGUGUGCCAACAAAGCGAAAGACACUUGGACAAAAUAUCCAAUGUGGAUGAAUUUAUUAGGCGGGUUUACAGUGUUAUUCAUUCCAAUGACCCAAUUGCCAGGGCAGUAACUUUAAGAACAUUCGGUGCUGUGGCAGCAGUUAUACCAGAAAGACAGCAAAUACAUCACAGUAUAAGAGGCAGUUUAGAUUCGUAUAACAGUGUUGAAGUAGAGGCAGCUAUUUAUGCUGCAAUACAAUUUGCCGCCCAAUCAAAGACUUUUGCUAUAAGCAUGUGUAAUAAAGUCUCAGACAUGAUUCAAGGACAAGCAAUAACAGCCAACAUGAAGUUACAACUUAUACCUAUUUUACAAUACAUGCACCACGAUACCAAUACAGCUGCAAUGGUUAGAAGUUUGUGUUUAAACUUGUUACCCAGUUAUCCUACUCAGGAUUUUGUUUUGGUCACUUUGAACACUUUGAGCAAAUUGGCUGCAGCUACUUUAGUUGAUAUACCUAGCCAGGUAACACUGUUGCUCAAAUAUUUAAAAGACGAUCCUAGAUAUGAAAUCAAAUUGAAAGCUUUCCAAGACCUAUACGAAUUGGCAAAACCUGGAGCUCAUAUUUGGCCAGCAAAAGCCAUAGACGAUUUUAUCAAUUAUAUUUUGUCUUGUAAUAGAAAUAAUCUUUUGAUGCCUGGAUUGCGUGUGAUACAAAUUUUGGUAGAAUCCCCAAAAAUGUGUUACGAGCACAGAACUUGCAGUUCAAAACUGAGAGCGAUUUGCGAAAAACACUCUUACUCGCCUUCGCCUGCAAUUGCAGCACAAACUAUACAGAUUUUGACACAGAUUUUAUGUUGCUGUUUUGAGGAAAAUCUCCAACCUGAAGGCUCAGAUGACGUAAUAGCUUCACUUGAAGCCCUCAUAUGCUUAUUAACCUCAGAGCAAAACAAACCCAAACACCUAAAAAUAGCUCUAAAGUGCGCAGUAAGACUUUGUGAAGCCAAACCAGACUAUUGUGCAAAUUUUGUUGAACUAUUAGGCUCAAGACUGGACGAUGUUGAUGGAGAAUCAGCUAUAGUUAUUUGUGAAGCCUUAGGAGCUAUAGGCAGUCUCAAAUGUGAAACUUUACUGCCACAAUUGGAAACAAUUUUAGGACUUCUUAGCUCAAUCAGAACUGAACCAAAUCCCAAACAAAGUCAAACUAGUACAAAAAUCAUGCUGUGUACUUUAAUAUUUCAAAUGCUGUCAGGUUCCAAAUGGAACACUGAAAUUGAAAGUGCCAUAUUUGCUGUAGUAGAUGCAAACGAUUUAUGGUCAAAUUAUUGCAUUGCAAGAGCAGCAGUUAGAUACGGACACCAUCAAAUUGGAACUUAUAUUUUCAAGCAACUCACUGAGCAAGUCAGUUCUGAGCAUUUUCAUUUCUGGUUGGCAUCUCUGAAGGAAAUGUCUCAAGCGGAAUCAUUGCUUUAUAGUGACGACUCAGAAACAUUAAGUGCUAGAUUGGAUAAAGCCAUAAUACACUAUAAUAAAGCUAUUGCAGCCUUAAAGGCUGCAAGUACCCCAUCUCAUAACUUAACCUUCCAAGCCGAAUAUAUGAGAAUAAGGGUAGAAUUCCUGCAAUGUUUGGCUCAGCUAAUUCACACUUGCAAUAUACUGUGUAUAGUGCCAGCUCCUGCAAUUGCUUCGGCUAUAGUGCAAAAUACUAGAGAUGAGCAUCAACGAUACGGCUAUGUUACAAAUCAAAUGCGCAAGUGUGUGAAGGAGUUUAAAAAUUGCGGCGAUUUGCAUUGGAAAUUGUAUCAGACUGCUUUUGAUGCUGAUCCUGCCACUCUGGAAAAUAUGCAAAUCUUGCAACAAAUGUGCGUAUUAGUGGAACAAUGUUUGGAAACUGUUUGCACGAGUGGAUCAAAGUUGCGAGAAGGCCCAAUGGAGUUUGGUACUAAAACCAUAAAACUGGAAUCUAGAGAGUUGGUUAGGGCUUGUGACAAUAGUUUAAUAGUAGCUCAGAAUUUAUUGGAACACAGCGCCACCUGUAAUAUUACACAUAAGCAAGUGGCAAUUCUCAGAAAAAUCGUUGAAAUUUUGGCAAACGCCUCCCUGCCAGUUCCACGGUUCUUUUUCCAAAUCCUUCAAUCCACCAUGGUGAAAUUGGCCAUUAAUCCACAGCCUAGGGUAAUGGGUGAAUUUAUAAGCGUUCAGGCAGGUUCACAAUUGGCUGUUAAAGUCGAAGGAGUGAUACAGCACGGUAUGAAACCAGGCCUGUUUAGGAAAAUUUCCCAAGUGGUCGUUAAUGUGACGUCACAGUUGCAAAGUCCUGCUAAGAACAAGGAAAUUGAUCCAAAGAUUUUGGAGCAAGUGUCAGUGCUCACCCAAACAGUUACACCACACAAAGACUUUUUCUCUGCUCAGUUUUUGCUUGCUUUUCCCAGGGGAGGUCAAUAUCUUUUAAAUGUUGAAGCAUCUGUCAUUGAUGAACAAAGUAAUACUUGGAAAACUGGUCCUAAAAGUUCGCUUACCGUAAAAGUGCCUGAAGAACAAAAAAUGGCACCCAUACCUAUGCCAGGAACCAACGCAAAUAUAAUUUUGAUGCCUGAAGAUAAUUUGUUUUUGAAGCCGCACCAAAAAAAACCAAUGUAAUGAGACAAUAAUAACUUUGAAAUAUUUAUUCAAUAAAAUGUAAAUACAUAAUAUAUAAAAAAUAGCUUUAAUAGCAUGUAUAUAAAAAUAUAUUUUGUGACCUAAAUCCCUAUUAUACACAAUAGAAAAGUAUCAAAUAAUUAAACAAAAAAACAAUUACAUUGGUCCCACAAAAGGUGCUAAUCUGGUUAUAGGCCUAUGAUCAUAUUCCCUCACUUCAACUUCUUCCUUAACAAAAUCCCCACUUCGUCCACCACUUUUGCUCAGCAAACAAAUAUCCGCUAUGACUAUGUCUCUGCUGACAUUCUUGCACAUGUCAUAAAUUGUCAGAGCAGCUACACUGACAGCUGUCAGAGCUUCCAUUUCAACGCCUGUCCUACCUUCACAUUGAACUUCUGAGAAAACUUUAACUUGUUCGUUUUCUCUGUCCAAAGCAGCAGUUACGUUGAUUUUUGUCAAAGAAAUAUUGUGACAUAGAGGGAUGAUUUCUGAAGUUUUUUUAGCACCUAAAAUUCCGGAUAUUUGUGAAAUGCUUAGCACGUCACCUUUUUUUACAUUAUUUUCGCUUAUGAGUUUUGAUAUUUGAGGGCCUACUUUUACUGUUGCAACAGCUUUUGCCGUACGCACAGUGAUAGGUUUUUGGAUAAUGUCAACCAUGGAGGCUUUGCCUUUAGUGUCAAUGUGAGUCAAAUAAUUCCUGGGUUGGUCUUCAGUUGAAUAAUAUAAUCUUGUGUUUUUAAAAUUUUGGGUUUUAGCGUAUAAAUGGGACAAUUCAGGCCAAGAUUUUGUUGCGUUCCACAGCCAAUUAUUGGAAUUUGAUAUGUCUGAAAAAUAAUUAUUAAUCUGUUGAUUUGAGUAGUCAAUUUUUUGCAUGCAAACAUCUACAAUGUUUCUAACAAAAAUCCCCUUGAAAACUCAUUUACCUUUCUUCAAUAAAAUCUAAAAAUUAAACUACUAAUAGUAUUCUAUCCACCAAUAAGAAUCAUUGGACGAUUUUCCAUUUGUGAUAAAUUGAACAUGCCUGUAAAGAAUAUAAAUUUGUUGUUUUUUUCCUAAGGAAACUAACCCAAACACCACAAUAAUAUUAUUACAUUUUUUUAAUUAAAAAUGUCCUCCAAUUAUAGAAGAACAUCCUUAAAUUCUUACCAGCAUGUUGUUUCUUCUUUCUCUUAACAGCAGCUCCAAUAAGAGCAGUCAAAUCGUCCUCUGAACAUUGAGCCCUUAAAGCGUCUCUUAGGGACACUUCAGUGUUACCAAACAGGCAAACUUUCAAAUUUCCGUCGGCAGUCAGUCGCAAUCUGUUACAAGAGCCACAGAAAUGUUCGCUCAUUGAAGUUAUGAAACCAAUUUGGCCUUUGUAACCAGGAACUUUCCAAGCCUUAAAACAAUAAACACAUAAUUUUGUUUUAAUUUUUAAACAAAUAUGUGUUACCUUUGAAGUAUCAUUUGGUUUAUUAAUCAUAGGAUAAAAUCCUGUAUAAUUACUUUUUAUAUUAUCAACCAUUUCCUUGUAAGAAACCAUUUUAUUUUCGUUCCAUUUAUUUCCAGAAAAUGGCAUAUAUUCAAUAAAACGUACAUCCACAUUUUUGUUUUUAGUCAAUUCCACAAAAUCAAUUACUUCUGAAUCGUUAAUGCCCUUCAUUACAACGCAAUUUAUUUUGACUGGAUUAUAGCCCAAUUGCAAGGCUAAAUCUAUACCCAUCAUGGCCCGUUUCCAACCGUUUCUUCUAGUGAUUUUUUCAUAUUUUUCCGGAUUUAAAGUGUCCAAGCUCACAUUCAAAAUGUCCAAGCCUGCUUUUUGGAAUGCUACAAGUUGUCUAGUGAGGGUUAGUCCAUUUGUCGUCAUUGCAACUGUUUGCAAACCAGGA